GCACUACCCCGCUCAAGAAUAGGCGUGCCUGAACUCUUCCUCUCCAGACCAAGUCUUUGUUCACAAGUCAAUCAAUUUCAAACGAAGCUUUAUAGCAAUUCGUCUUGACACAACUUGUUAUGUAUCCUCCGCCCUACCUAAUUUUCAAUCGCCCCGUAGGCUACACAUGGGAAGCUGGAGCCGACCCCGCAUCGCAGAUACUUGAUAGCCUCAAUGAUGCCCCAAUCGAUCUCCUUCCAGGCCUUACCAUCCGCGUCGCAGAACCGGAUGCUCUGGUAGUCUGGCUCGAGACAAACAACGCCGCUCUGAUCACCGAUCUAUAUAUCUUCGUAGGUCCGACCAUUGACGGGCCUAGUCCUGAACGAUGGUGUCGAUUAUUCAACAAACUGCAUCAAGAUGCGACAAACUUGAAACAUCUGGAUGUGUACUGGGAUGCAGAGGGCCCCUGGGACCACUCGAAGCCACCAUGGGACAUAGAUGAGAUACUGCACUUCGGGCUUGGAGAAAGUGUGGUCUUUGUUCGGGGAUUGGCACGCUUGAAUGUGUCACAGUCUGUGAAGAUAGGCGGGUUUUACGCCAAGCACUGGCCGCCAUACCUGGAGGAGAAGUUGGGUAUAAGGCCGAUAAAUAUACAAGCUGGCAUUAAAGACUGGGACAGAUUACUCAAGGGUUACCAGAAAGGCACAGAACGACUGAAUCCUUGGACCGAUAAAAAAGAUCGCAGAGAUUACGCCAAUGCAGGAUCUCUAAUCUGGAACUUCGAAUCUUGAGUAUCUCGAUGUAUCUGCGUUUUUAUCCCAUAGAAUUUGGGCGAUACAGAUCGCAAUCAAACACACCUUUUACCCUGAUGUUGUCCGCACACUCCAUCCCAUUGUCUCAAAACCUUAACCCGAAUACAUAGGCAAGUUUCUCUUACUGUGUAGUGAGGUAUAUCUAUGAUUAUCAAGCCUAGUCAUGGCAUUCAGACGCGUCUUGAUCCCAACAUCCUAAACCAAGUUUUGGAUUCAACAAUGAUCAUCCGUAGAUAGAGCUUCCUCAGAACGGAACAUCCAUGAGUGAUCGGAUUUGCUUCAGCGGGUGAUUCCGACAGGGGCUUCCAUGUAAUCAUCUUAAGGUGUCAUAUCGAG